AUGCGUCCUCUUUGGCUUUUACCGGCUGUAGCUGGCCUCGCUGGGGCCCAAUGCCCCUUUGUCUCGGGUGAAAUGAGUUUCACCCAGCAGCAGGACAACCCCACCGACACGAUCGAGGUGGUCGAGCAGCCGAUCGACAACACCCUCUACACCAACGACACGGACACCUACAUGACCACCGACUGGGGGACGGCCAUCUCGGACCAGGAGAGCUUGAAGGGGGGCGUUCGCGGUCCGACCCUUCUGGAAGACUUCAUCUUCCGCCAGAAGCUCCUCCGGUUCGACCACGAGCGAAUCCCCGAGCGCGUCGUCCACGCCCGCGGCGCGGGUGCAUACGGCAAGUUCACCUCCUACGGCGACUGGUCCAACAUCACGGCGGCCGAUUUCCUCAGCAGCGCCGGGAAAGAGACGCCGACGUUCUGUCGCUUUUCCACCGUGGUCGGCUUCCGUGGCAGCGUGGACACGGCGCGGGACGUCCAUGGCCAUGCCUGUCGAUUCUACACGGAUGAGGGCAACUACGACAUCGUCGGCAUCAACAUGGCCCCAUUCUUCAUUCAAGAUGCCAUCCAGUUCCCCGACCUCGUCCACGCCAUCAAGCCGAUGCCCAACAAUGAGAUCCCGCAGGCCGCGACUGCCCACACGUCGGCGUGGGACUUCUUCAGCCAGCAGAGCACCGCCCUCCACACGGCCCUGUGGCUGAUGUCCGGACACGGUAUCCCCCGGUCGUACCGCCAUAUGAACGGCUACGGCGUGCACAGCUUCCGCUUUGUCGCGGCCAAUGGCACCUCCAAGGUGGUCCGGUACCGGUGGCGGUCGCUGCAGGGCGUUGCCAGUUUGGUGUGGGAUGAGGCACAGGCAGCUGCGGGCAAGAACAGUGAUUUCCAUCGGCAGGAUCUGUACAAUGCGAUCGAAAACGGCCGGUAUCCGAAGUACGAGCUCGGUGCCCAAAUCAUGGACGAAUCCGACAUGCUGCGGUUCGGCUUCGACCUUCUCGAUCCCACCAAGCUUGUCCCCGAGGAAAUCGUCCCCUACACGCCUCUCGGGGUGAUGGAACUGAAUGCGAACCCAACCAACUACUUCGCUGAAGUCGAGCAAGUCGGCGUACCCCUAACCCACCCACGGUUCCAACCCGGCCACAUCGUACGCGGAAUCGACUUCACAGACGACCCCCUCCUACAAGGCCGACUCUUCUCAUACCUCGACACGCAACUCAACCGACACGGGGGCCCCAACUUCGAACAAAUGCCAGUCAACCGGCCUCGCAACGGGGUGCACAACCACAACCGGGACGGAUUCGGGCAACAACACAUCCCGACCAACAACUGGGCCUACACACCGAACACGAUGUCGACCUCGCCCCAACAAGCCAACCAAACGACAGGCAACGGGUUCUUCACGGCGCCCAACCGCUACAUCCACGGCCACCUGGUCCGACAAUCCAGCCCCACCUUCGCCGACCACUGGUCCCAACCGGCGAUGUUCUGGAACUCGCUCAUCCCCGCGGAGCAGCAAUUCCUGGUGAACGCCAUCGUCUUCGAAAACUCCAAAGUCUCGAGCCCACAUGUCCGGCAGAACGUCAUCACGCAGCUCAACAAAGUCAACCAUAACCUGGCAGCGCGGGUCGCGACAGGACUGGGUCUCGUCGCCCCCGCCCCCGACCCGACAUACUACACGACCAACAAGACAGCCAACGUCGGCUCCUUCGGCCGUCCGCUGCUCAGCAUCGAGGGCCUGCAGGUCGGCUUCCUCGCCUCGACCUCGGCCCCGGACUCCAUCGCCCAGGGCCACGUCAUGGCGAGUAUCUUCAGCGCCCAUGGCGUGGACCUUAACGUCGUCGCGGAGAUGUAUGCCGAUGGCGUGAACACCACGUACGCGCUGUCUGACGCGACUACCUUCGACGCCGUGAUUGUCGCGGAUGGCGUGCAGAGUCUGUUUGCUGCGCCGAGCUGGGCUGCGAAUGCUAGCAGUGCGCCUGUCGCGGUCUUGCCGUUUUAUCCGCCCGCCAGGCCGGCGCAGAUCCUCGUCGAUGCGUUUCGGUAUGGGAAGCCGGUUGGCGCGGUGGGGAGUGGCAAGGGGGUGUUGGGCGCGGUGGGCAUUGCGGCGGAGAGGGAUGGGGUGUAUGUGCAGGGGAAGGGGAAUGGGUCGGUCAUGGAGACGGAGAGUGUGGCGGAGGGGGUGGUCAGGGGGUUGUUUACCUUUAGGUUUUUGGAUCGGUUUGUGGUGGAGGAGUAA